GGAAGGUUGUGAUUGAAUUUGGGGGUUAUGGCCCAAACGAUUCAGCCUGGAAUUGGGGCCGGGCAAAAAGGGGGGGGGGAAAGGUUGUUCUGGUUAAUGGACAAUUACUUAAGUAUUAUAUAGUCACUGGAUCUCUAUGAAAUUGAAACACAAGGUUCCAUACCACAAAGGGAAGGUUGGGUUUGACUUUGGGGGGUUAUGACUCAAACCGUUCAGGAAUAAGGUGGUUAUUAUAAUAUUAGAUGUGUCUCUCACGGUUCAGAUUAAACGUUAAGAAAAUAUCCAUCAUAAAAAAAAAAAUUUUAAUAUCAAAUACUACUUUUUUUUCUUUAACAAAUUUCAAAUUUCAAAGAAAACCAUCGAAAAGUUAAAAUGUUAUUGAAGACACAAUUAUUUUCUGGUUUGUUCAUGUCCGUGUUUAGCAUGUAGGUGUUUAGCGGAACCCAGUAACUUCCAAGAUUCCCGCCAAAUUGUCACUCUAGAAAAAUGUGUUAUCAGAUAAAGACAGCUUAAUCUGUUUACAGAACAACUGAUUUGGGAUACAGAAUUUUUCCUGACCUCACAUACAGUUCAUCAGUAUAUUAGAUUUUAGUAUGGCCAGUCGCAUCAAAAUGGAAAAUGGAAAGAAGUAUGGUCUGCUGUCAGGACAAAAACCUGUGUCGUUAACAGAAUCAAAAACACAUGUGACAAUCCAAGGCUUCAUUGCCAAUGUUGAAUCUAACUUGACCUAUGUUAACAACUACACAGAAUCUAUUGAGACACGUUAUGUCUUUCCUAUUGACGACAUGUCAGCUGUGUAUAAGUUUGAAGCAGAUAUUAAUGGCAGACAUAUUGUAGCAGAAUGUCAGGAAAAACAACAGGCUAAGAUAACCUUUGAAGAAGCUACAUCUACUGGUCAGACUGGGUUUUAUCUAUCAGAGAGUAAAUAUGCUGGAGAUAUUUUUGUGUGUAAGCUUGGUAACUUGGAUGCAGGUGAAACUGCAGUAUUGACCAUGGCAUAUGUUGUAGAGUUAACUGUUGAACCAGAUGGGGGUCUGAAGUUUGUUUUGCCAUAUGUUUUGAAUGCUAGAUAUUCAUCAGCUGGAUCUACAGAGAACUCAGAAAAACCAGUCAAGAAAGAAUUCACUGCAUCAGUAAAGGGUCAUCACAAGAUCAAAUCUGUUAACACUUAUAGAGAUGAUUUACAGUUAAAGAUAUUUGAUGAUCGACAUUCAGCAGAGAUAAAGUUAAAGGACAUACAUCAUCAAUACAGAGAUUUGGAAUUUUCUGUGUCUUACGAUGAUGUUUCUAAACCAGAAGCAAUAUUGGAAGUUGGUGAUCGGAGUAAAGAUGGUUUAUUAAAAGAAGAUGUUUUGAUGUUGAAUUUUAUACCAGAUUUGAAGAAUCAUUGUGGAAAUGUUAAAAGGGAAUUUAUAUUUGUUAUGGACAGAUCAGGUAGUAUGGAUGGAGAUAGAAUGGAGAAGUCUAAAGCAGCAUUACUCCUUUUCUUGAAGAGUUUACCUGUUGGAUGUCUUUUUAAUAUUGUAUCAUUUGGAAGUGAUUACAGUUUUUUGUUUGACAGAAGUCAACAAUAUAAUAAAGAAAGUCUUGCUGCUGCAAAACAUCAUCAAAAUGAAAUGAUGGCCAACAUGGGUGGAACAGAGAUUUUAUCUCCAUUAUCAGCAAUCUAUAGCAUCGAGAAUAAUAAAGACUAUCCAAGACAGAUUUUUCUGUUAACAGAUGGUGAAGUUGGUAAUACUGAAGAUGUUGUAAAUCUAGUUGGACAAAAUUCUCAUAAUUCAAGAGUAUUUACAUUUGGAGUUGGUCAUGGAGCUUCUACAAGUCUGAUCAAAAAUGUAGCUAAAGCUGGUGCAGGAAGAGCAACAUUUAUCAAAGAUGAAAAAGACAACAUGAAAGCCAAGGUGAUUAGAGCUUUAGAGUUUUCCAUGGAAGACAGUUUGGCAGAUAUUGUUUUGGAAUGGAAUCUUCCUAAAGGAUGCACAGCUACAAACAUCCCUUCACAACAACCUAAUGUAUUUAAUGGAGAUAGACUUUCCAUUUUUGCUCUUCUUCAGAAUACAAAUAAAGCGAAAUCUGUUGAAGGGUCAGUAACUCUGAAAGGUUUCAUUUCUGGAAAACAACUGGCUCAUACUAUGGAUAUCAAAGCCUCAUCUUAUUUACAUCCAGAUUUGCCAAUUCAUCGUGUGGCUGCAAAACACCAAAUUAAAGAGCUAGAAAAUGGUCAAUUAUCAGACAACACUAAAGAGAAGAUCAUCAUCAUAAGUACAGCAGCCAAAAUCAUAUCUAAAUACACAGCCUUUGUGGGAGUGGAUGUACAAACAAAACUCCCAGUAACUAAUAAAAAGGGACAAAUAGUUCCUCUACAAUUAUUCAUCAAGACCUUAACAGGAAAGGUAAUCUCAAUACACAUUGACAGUAGUAGCACUAUUUCGGAUUUAAAGCAUUCCAUUCAGGACAAAGAAGGUAUUCCACCUGAUCAACAAAGACUUAUACAAGGAGGCACUGGAAUACAGUUGGCAGAUGAUUGCACUUUUGAUGAUUAUGGUAUUACAGAUAGUGAUACCCUUCACUUGGUACUGAGACUUCGAGGAGGUGGAUGUAGUCCAGAACAAUGGAUAAAGAUGGGAUCAGAAAAAUAUGGUGAUAUUAUGAUGAAUUUAGUUGAUCUGCAGCAGUAUGAUGGACCAUGGAAGUAUUCAGAAGAUUUAGUGAAGUUCUUAGGAACAAAUGAAGAAAAUUUUCAGAAAUUUAAAAGUUACAAAAGUUACAAGUUGGAUGUUUGGUGCACAGCCUAUGUAAUAGUGUUCCUGCAGAAAUUCCUUCAGGAUCGUGACGUUGAAUGGAAGUUUAUUGUGAGCAAAGCUAUGGGUUGGCUAGAGUCACAGAAAUUGUCAGGGCAGGGUGUGAUCAAAUUAUUAAAUGAUAUCAGGAAUGAAGAUAUGCCUGUUAUGUAUUGAUAGACAGUCUACAAUGAUAUAAUUAACACUUUUAAGUUACCUACAAAACACAUCAGUGCAUGAAAAUAUCAUAUAUUUGUCACUUAUUGAUGAUGGUAGAUGUUUUGUGGUUGUGAUCUGUGUGACAACAUUUAGCAUUGUCAACAUCAGGUGAGAUUUUGCCUGAUGCAUGUAAAUAUUAUGUAUCUGCAUGGCAAUGUAUCAUCAGUAGAAAUUUGUCUGAUAGAUUUUAGCUAAUACCAUGUCAGUUCAUUACUAGUAUAACUGACAGUGUCCCUCAACUAUAAGAACAGUGGGCUAACACAAAGGGCUAAGUGAGCUCUUCUCAUCACUUUGCGUCCUCAUCUCAUCGUCGUCGAUGCCGUCGUCUGUUAACUUUUGCAAAAAUCUUUUCCCCUGAAAAUUACUGGGCCAAAUUUAAACAAAAAGUGCUACAAUUAUCAUUGGGGUAUUUAGAUAAAAAUAUGUGUCCGAUGACUCCGCCUGCCAAUCAAGAUGGUUGACAUGGCUAAAAAUAGAACAUAGGGGUAAAAUGCAAGUUUUGUCUGUUCCUUUGAAAACAGCUAUAAAUAGAGAAAAUCUGACUGGGGAACCUCUACAUUAAACAGGCCUGAAUACAUAAACCACAUGAAGUUAAGGUUUAUCUGAACCUUUGCAUUAAACAUAUCUGAAUGCAUAUACCACAGGAAGUAAAGACUCAUCUGAACCUCUUCAUUUACCAGCCUGAAUUUGUAUACAACAUGAAGGAAAGGCCCUUCUGAACCUCUUCAUUAUCCAGGCCUGAAUACAUAUACCACGAGAAAUAAAGGCCCCUCUGAACCUCUACAUUAACCCGGCCUGAAUACAUAUACCACAUUAAGUAAAGUCCCCUCUGAACCUCUACAUUAACCAGGCCUGAAGACAUAAACAACAUGAAGUUAAAAACCCUCUGAACCUCUACAUUAACCAGGCCUGAAUACAUAUACCAUAUGAAGUAAAGUCCCCUCUGAACCUCUACUUUAACCAAGCCUGAAUGCAUGUACAACAGGAAGUAAAGGCCCCUCUAGACAUAUACAUUAGCAACUAUAAGAAAUAUUUAAAGUCAUUUAACAUAGUUUUCUUGAUGUUAUCUUAAAAAAGAAACUUUAGCAACAUGGUCAUAUGAUACAAUAACUUUUUUGUCUAUCUUGGCAUGUGCAUAUACUGAUUUUGUUAUGAUUGUUAGAAUAAUUAUUGUUAGAUGUGUUUUUCUUUUGCAUAAAGUUUCUCAAACAUU